CUCUCCGCUCAAAACUUUUAAUUAUUACACACUUGCGACUGUUGUUCAAUUUGUUCGCGAUGCCGGCAGAUUAUAAACUUCUGUCGAGUUCAAUUAUGUAGGCCAUGUUUGUUUCCAAUCCAACUUUUUAGCCGUCUUGAUGUGCAAUUAGUACCCGAAGAGCCUUAAAUAUGGACGAAAUUCAGUUACGUCUGAGUCCCAAGUCACUUUGCUGCUAACUUCAAAUUUUGAGUAUUUUGCUGGUCGAAAUGUUCGAGCCAAAAUAUGGCCUCUGGAGUUUUCUUCAACAGGAGCUGCCCGGGAAAAGAAGAAAGCACGUGCUCAGAGUUUUCGCGGCGCUGUCCGUCUUUCUGUUCUUGGCCUUUCUGCAAUGGAUGAUAGUUUUAGUGGCUCUGCGUGAUUGGAGUCUGGCCUGGUUUAAGAAGAACAUCGUGGCCGUGGCUCUGGUUUAUGUAUUUGGUGUCUUUCUGCUGCUCCUUUUCGCCCUUAGCCAGCACCUGCGGCAGUUGUGCUUCUUUAACUGGCUGCUGGUGGGGAUUAUUGUUGAGUGUUGUAUUCUAUCCCUGAGUACUCUGGUCGUCACCUCUGGAAUUAUAAAAUUCUUAGUUGGAUUUCUACUAGUAAGUCUGGUCUCUAUAAUAGCCACAAUAGUAGCCGUCUUUCUGCCAUGUGACAUGACAGAGAACGUCCUAUACUUGUACGUCCUCUCCACCGUCGCCUACAUGACUAGCCUGUAUUCGAUUGUGAUUUAUUCCGUCCUCGAGGUGACUUGGGUCUUUUACAUAUUCGCGGGUCUCAUUGCAGUUGUGGUGCUGCUCUUCCUCAUGUAUCAUGUGCAGUGCAUAAUGGGUGGCGGGGCGGCCAAAACAGAGCUGGCCGAUGACAAGUACGCCGCCCUGCUUCUGUUCCACGAGUUCAUGGCCCUCUUAGUGCUGACCCUGUACUGGCAACCCAUAAUGCAGCUCCUCCAGUCGAAACAAUAA